CUCAUUGCAAGGAGGAAAGCCUGGGAGGUGCUUCUGCAGAUCUGCUGAGGAAGGUUUCCUUGGGAUGAACAGAAUGGGGAAAUAAAGCAUGGGUAUGCUCUUGCUAAAAUGCAAAGUGCCCAGUGAGGAGGUCAUGCCAUAGCUGUAGGGCAGGGAAAGAAGGAGCAAGAAGACCCUGGCUGUGCCUUUGGACAGAAGAUCCCAAGAGGGGUGUGUGCAUCUGCCUGGACUUCCCUUGCCCCAUCCCCUAGACUGGGGAAGGACCCAUGAUGGGCUGCUGGGAUUUCUUCUGGGAAUUCUGGAAUUAUGAGACCUCCAAGGUGAUUAUUGUGAAAAAUCGGCAGCUGGGAGUGAUCUACAGACUGGUCCAGUUACUUAUCCUGGUCUAUUUUAUUUGGUAUGUGUUCAUCAUCCAGAAAGGUUACCAAGAGAGUGAGUCGGGCCCUGAGAGCUCAGUCAUCACCAAGGUGAAGGGAGUCACCCGAUCAAAACAUAAGGUGUGGGAUGUGGAGGAGUAUGUGAAGCCACCAGAGGGAGGAAGCGUAUUCAGUAUCAUCACCCGUGUCCAAGUCACCCCUUCACAGACUCAGAAGACCUGCCCUGAGAGCACGAAGGUGCGCAAUGCCAUGUGCCGCUCUGACAGUGACUGUGUCAUGGGUGAGAUGGACAUGCUGGGGAAUGGAGCGAAGACGGGUCGCUGCGUCCCUGCCAAUAAGACCUGUGAGAUAAUGGCCUGGUGCCCAGUGGAGAAUGGAGCAGCUGCCAGUGAGGAGCUGGGGAAGAUGGCACCAGAGUUCACCAUCCUCAUCAAGAAUAACAUUCAUUUCCCUCGCUUUCGUUUUUCCAAAGGGAACAUCAAGGAAAACAAAGAUGGCUACCUGAGGAACUGCAACUUCAAUGAGACCACAGACCUUUACUGCCCCAUCUUCAAGUUGGGCUUCAUCGUGGAGCAGGCAGGAGAGAACUUCACCGAGUUGGCUGAAACGGGUGGUGUGAUUGGAGUUAUCAUCAACUGGAACUGUAACCUGGACUUGCCUGACUCAGCAUGUAAUCCCCGAUACUCCUUCCGUCGGCUUGACCCCAAGUGGGCCCAGGCUUCCUCCGGCUACAAUUACAGGUUUGCCAAGUACUACCAGUGCAGCGGGAAAAGCACUCGCACCUUGAUCAAGGCCUAUGGGAUCCGCAUUGAUGUGAUUGUGCAUGGCCAAGCAGGCAAGUUCAGUCUUAUCCCCACCAUCAUUAACUUGGCCACGGCCCUGACAUCAGUAGGGGUGGGCUCCUUCCUCUGUGACUGGAUUUUAUUGACCUUCAUGAACAAGAAUGAGGUUUAUAGUGCUCGGAAGUUUGACCAGAUGUCCAAGUGUCCAAAGAUGACCCCGACCACAGAAUUCAACACUAGCACUUCCUGUACCCCGGACUCCUCGCUUGCAGAUUCCAAGGCUCCCAUUCACCUCUGAGCCACGGACCCGGCCUCCUCCUGAGUUUCCAGGCCUGCUUGUGCAUCUGAUGGACUUAUUUUUUUUUUCUGCAACUGCUCCUGCUGUAAUAAAUUUAUUAGCCC